GCGCCCCCAGCGGCAGUGCCAUGGCGCUGCCGCUCCUGCGCAGGCGUUAAAAAGCGGCGGGCGGCGCGCCGGGGCCACUGUGUGGGCUGUGUUUGAACAAGAGACACAGAAAAGUUGGUAGCGGAUUUUUCUGGCGUCUGAUCUGCAGCAGCAUCCGUCGAAAGUAUCAUGGCAAACAAAGCACAGCAGCCUCCUCACCUGCACCUGGCCGAGGUCACCGCGUCCCAGUUCCUUGACAUCUGGAAACAUUUUGACGCUGACGGUAAUGGCUACAUUGAAGGGAAGGAGCUGGAGAACUUCUUCAGGGAGCUGGAGAAGGCCCGGAGAGGAGCAGGGGUGGACCCUUCAAACCCCAUAUUCCGAGAAAAGAUGAAGGAGUUCAUGCAGAAGUUUGACAAGAACAAAGAUGGACGAAUUGAGAUGUCAGAGCUGGCCCAGAUUCUCCCAACUGAAGAGAACUUCCUGCUCUGCUUCAGAGAGUUUGUCAGCUCCAGUGCUGAGUUUAUGGCGGCAUGGCGGCGAUAUGACACAGAUCGCAGUGGUUACAUUGAAGCAAACGAAUUGAAGGGCUUUCUGUCAGACCUGCUGGAGAAGGCUAACAGACACUACGAUGACCAGAAGCUUCUGGAGUACACACAGACCAUACUCAGGAUGUUUGAUCUGAAUGGAGAUGGGAAGUUGGGUCUGUCAGAGAUGGCAAGGCUUCUCCCUGUUCAGGAGAAUUUCUUACUCAAAUUCCAGGGUGUCAAGUUGACCACUGAGCAGUUCAAUGCCAUUUUUGCAUUCUAUGACAAGGAUGGGAACGGCUACAUUGAUGAGCAGGAGUUGGAUGCCCUGCUACGAGAUCUUUACCAGACAACCAAGAAGGAUGUGGACGUGAAGAACCUGACGGGCUACAAGCAGAGCAUCAUGACCCUGUCUGACGGAGGGAAGCUCUACCGUGGCGAGUUGGAAAUUGUCCUCUGCAGGGAGCCAAUUGUGUGACUCUUCCUUCUAUCUUGUUGUGUAUCCUCAUUUUCUCUGCCUGCCCCGCCCUGCACUCCUGAGACCACACCCAUAUUAGGCUGCCUGGCAACAUAGACCAGGUGCAUGUGCCAGACACCCCCUCUAUCAUUUCCCCCAACUCCCCUCAAGUUACAACAUCAGAACGAAAAAGUGCACUGUCAGCACGCAGCGGCUCUUCCUCCCUCAAUCCUAACUCUUCUGCCAUCUGGCCUGUCAACCCUAACCAUGACCUGACUAAAACAUCUUCAGAAGCUUCUCACCUUCUCAACUCUCUUAAACAUAAACGUCCCUGCCAUCCAUGCUGUGCCUGACUUGCCACUCCUGACCAAAAGCCCAAUUUUCCCAUAGAAAUUCCCUUUUCAGCUGUUAAUAACCCCCGAACCCUGUCCCUCGCUUCAUUGACCUCUCCAUUUCUUGCUCUUUCAACUUUAAAUACAAUAUAUAGUCAUAUACAGUAAAACUGCAGACAGCUGUUUGAAUUGAUCUAAUUUAUAAUCUGUGAUGGAACUGAUAUUGAUUUUCCCGCUUCUGUUUGUCCUGAAACCCUCUUGUUCCAUUGCCAUGAUAUGAUUUUCAGUUUCAAUGAUUGUUUUUGGCUGAGACUGUCAAUUGAAAAUAUUAAUAAAAUGUCUUAA